AAAAGGUCCUCACAGGGUUGAUUGUCACACGUACAAAUAGGCUUAUCCUCACAUCUGCCACUGCAUUGGCUUAAAAAUCUCAUCCACCCAAUCUUAAAAUCCUCAAUGCAACCGGAAAAACGAUCCUACCCUCCUUCCCUUUCUUUUCGUACUUCACUGUACAUAUAUCAUCACUCCAUUUAACAUUACUCUCUCUUUCCCUAUCUCCUUAGUUUUUACAACAACAUGGCUGCAGCGGGAACUGCUGCGAUCUCCUUUCCAUCCUCCAAGUCCACCUCUCUUCAAAGCAAGACCUUUAUCGCUUCCCCAGAUAGAGUAGUCUUCAGGAAGGUUUCAUUGCAAUACAGAGAUGUUUCUAUCAGUGGAACAGUAGUUUCCAUCAGAUCCCAAGUCACUACGGAGGUACCUGCUAAGGUUGAAAAAGAAUCCAAGAAACAGGAGGAAGGUGUGAUCGUGAACAAGUUCAAACCCAAGGAGCCAUACUGUUAGAGAAGCAGAAGCAGCUGGUGUACAAAGCAGAAAGGCUAGGAUUAAAGGUUGCCCAUCUUGGGCAAUAGAUUACAUUCACUAGUCAUAGAUUAAUAAUGUAGGAGUUGUAUACAUGUGAAUGACUCAAGUAGUGGUCCUCCCACGUGGGUAGUUAGGCUUACGUGGCAAUAGUUAGUUGAGACAUAUAAGUAAUGCAUGUUGUAACAGAUGUCGGGAGAUUGGAAAUAUAGAAUACACUUGUUCUUCUUACAUAUUUGGUGCUUCCUUCUGUUACAGAGAAUUACUCUGUAUCAUUGGUGCUCUCAUUGAGAGCUGAACUCAACGACUUUCGUUCUGCAUGCAAGGAAAGAUGAAGAUGCAGGAGCUGGCUGGUGAAUUUCUGCAAUAUCGCGAGCAGAACAAUCAAAAUAAUCAAAGGAUUGAGCAACUUUUGA